AUGAAAGCGAUGUCUCAAGAGCCGGCGGGAAAUCUUACAAACAAUAGCACUAGCCAAACUUGUUGCCUUUGCCCUCCUAUCUAUGCGACAUACGCAAGCAGCCCUAUGAAGAAAGUAUCUAGCAAUAAAUGAGCACAUGUAGAGUGUAAAAUUUAUUUACUCAGCCACUAAAACAUUUUUAUUAUUUACCUUUAUAAAUUUAAAAUUUUUAUAUUAAAAAUUGCUGAGGUUAGGCAUUCAAUACAUAUUGGAAACAUACAUCGAUGAUUCUGAUCCUGACUCCCCCCCCCCCCUCCGUGAGCGAACAAAAAAAUUUUGUUCGCUCACGGAGGGGGGUUAAUUUUUUUUUUUAAAAAAAAUUUAUAUAUAAAAAAUAUUUUUUUUUCGAAAUUUUAAAAAAAUCCUAAUUUGCAAAAAUUGGGAAGCAAAUAUUAAUUUAAUUUGCAAAAUUUAUGUUUUAAAACGCAAUUUGUUUAAAAUUAAACAGAAUUAGCUCUAGAUUUCAUUAUACUAAUUAUCACUUAUAUAUCAAAAUUUUUUUUCCAUUAAAAUUUUUUCUAUUAAAAAAAUUUUUUUGUUCACUCACGGAGGGUGGGUUUUUGGUCAAAAAAAUGGCGAUUUUUCUAAUGGUUUUGUUCGCUCACGGAGGGGGGGGGGGGGGGAGUUUCCUGUCAAAGGGGUCGAAGACAUAGAUCCUUCUGCUUAUAUAUUAAAAUGCGCAAUUUGUGAACGAAGAUCAUGCGGCGUCUGUGUAAACUGUGGAGAUCAGUCAUGUCCAUAUACAUUCCAUCCACAAUGUGCAAUUAGAAAAGGGUUAAAAGCAGAUCCUCCUCAUCUAUAUUGUCCUGAUCACUCCAAUAUCCCAAAAGAACCAAAACCUGCUCCUCUACCUGCACAUAUGAUUAAAUCAGAAAAGCCGAUUAAGAAUGAAAUAGUCUUGAUUAACCAUCGGUUUACCUCUUCCCAAUCUAUCAAACAUUUAAGGCGUAUAAAAGCGUCAACAGACUCAGACAAUUUUUCGAUAAUUGAAGAUAAUUUUAAAAAGUUUCCUCAAGAUUUGCUUAUUAGAUCGUCAUUACCUUAUGAGAAAAAGACAAUCUCAGGGAUUUCUAAGCCACUCCAAAGCUUAAAUAAAUGUAGCGCCCUCAUACAUGGGCAUGAUCUCGUUGCUUUAGUGCAGUUUAUUUUAACUUCUAGAGAACGAAAAAGAGCGUCCUCAGAUUAUUUUAUUGUGCAGCCUUAUCAAGGAGAAGUAUCAAAUCUCAAAUUUGAUAUGCUGCUUAAAUAUUAUAAACUCUUUAACAGAGAUUUUGGGACAGAUUUAGAAAUAAUAGGAAGAUGCCUAAGCGAAAGCGAAUGUGGGACUGAUGAAGUAUCAAGAGAAUUGCUAUAUUGCCUUGAAUACCUUUCAAGAAAAACUCUCCCUUCAGUCAAUCAUUUAAAAGGACUUUUAUCUCUUUUAGUAGAAAAACAGCAGCCAAGAUUAGACAUGUCAAAAAUUCACGACAUAAAUCGUGAAGCUUGAACUAUCACACAAUGGGGAUUCAUUUAUAGAUGCCUCAAGUCUGGUUUACGCGAAAAAAAUCAGUCUGACUACGAAGUAAGAUUCCACGCUGUCGAAGAAUGCGAUUGCUGUGUCUGCUAUCAUUGUAACGAAGAUGAAACAAUUUUAAACCCUCUGAUUGGCUGCAGAGGAUGCAAAUUACUUAUACAUAGAGCUUGUCUCGGAUUUCAAACUUAUGUUGACGAUUAUUAUUGUGAGUUGUGUAGGGAAAAAGCAUGCCCAAGAUGCAUACUUUGUAGUAAAAAAGGAGGGCCGAUGAAAAAAGCUGGCCCUGAAUGGUUUCAUAUAUCGUGCGCUUUAUGGGACCCAAAGAGAGUAGAGUUUGAAGACAUAAGGAAUCUAGAAGGGCUAAGGAUAUCUGGAGAAAAUAUGAUAGGCCAAUGCACUGUGUGCCAUAAAUCGCAAGGUUUAUUAUCUCAAUGCAAAGAAUGUGGAGAACUAGCUCAUUUACUUUGCGCUUGAAAAAAUGGGAUGAAGUUCGAAACUGAGGAUUAUAUAAGCUCAGGAAUAAGGAAACUUCUGGUACUAAUUUAAAUAUAGGUUCUUAUAUCCGUAAAUGCAUCCUAAAUUUUUUAGAAGAGAGCUGCUUUGAACUUGCUGCUAAUUGGCUAAGGCACUUAUUCCGCCUAAGGGCUCUCGCACCACUGAAAUGCCAAGUUGUAAAUACUUUAGCCUCCGAAAGAUUAAAAAUCAGGCCCUUGAGGCUGCACCCUACCUGGUGUUAAUUACCUGAUAUAUUUGGUUUAAAGGUUCACUAAUAAUGCCAAAUAUCAUAAUAAAUAUAUCAAUAAAAUCGCUGGAGGAUGAAAAAUAUUCGCUAAUUCUGAAAACGGCAUUAUAUUACUAUAGGAAAUUUCUUGUCAAAUUUGUUUGCCAUACACACACACCACAAAGAGAUGCUGAAGAACAAAAGGAUUUAAGAAGCCGGCCUUUUAGGUACUAUGAAACACCUAGACUUAAGAGAAACAGAAGUUAA